UUUCCUCUUCACAGAGUCAGCGCUGUUGCCUGUACGCAAGGCGGGCUGAACGGAGCUGUAACAGGUUUUGCCGGGACUGGUUUUGGCCUUCAGUCUGAACAGGGCAGGGUGGAGACCAGGAAUGUGACGCGGCGCCAUACCACUGUGGACUGCGGGGAGAACCGAGUCUUCCCGGCCUGAACAUCAAGUUCUCCAAGCGGCGACUCCAACACAAACGCCUUGUUACAGACUGACAGAAAGAUUGUGCCCCCUGCUUCAUCAUGGCUCAUCGCUCCCAGUGUUCUUCAAUGGGAGACAAUCCCCUGGAUCCUAACUAUCUGCCACCACAUUAUCGGGAAGAGUACAGACUGGCAAUAGAUGCUCUGGUGGAAGGCGAUGUUGACGGAUACUAUAACUUCCUACAAAAGGCUAAUGUUGUCGAUUUCCUGUCAAGGACAGAGAUUGAGCACAUUAAAAAUAAUCUGCAGGUGCCACAAAGUGUUGCAUCUGUACCAGAACUGACAUACCAUGAAAUGCCUGAUGAAGAGGGCUCAUCAGACACAUACUGGCCACUGCACUCUGACUUGGAUGCGCCAGGUUUGGAUCUCGGUUGGCCUGUGCAACAACACAGUUUUAUAGGGCCCACUGAAGUUACAACGCUGGUAAACCCCUCAGACCCUGAAAUGCCCAGCAUCAAGGAACAGGCCAGACGACUCAUAAAAAAUGCACAGCAGGUCAUUGCAGUGGUAAUGGACAUGUUCACAGAUGUUGAUAUAUUUUCUGAUCUACUCGAAGCUGCUCAACGACAUGUACCUAUUUAUAUUCUUCUGGAUGAACAAAAUGCCCAUCACUUUGUUUCCAUGGCAACAAGCUGCAAAGUUAACCUGGACAUGGUGCAUAUGAUGCGAGUGAGGACUGUUGCUGGUAUUACAUAUUUCUGUCGCACAGGAAAGUCAUUUAAAGGACAGGUUAUGGACCGCUUUCUUCUAGUGGACUGCAGAGCAGUGCUUAGUGGCAAUUAUAGUUUUAUGUGGUCGUUUGAGAAGAUACAUCGCUGCAUAGCUCACCUGUUUUUGGGAGAACUUGUAGCCACGUUUGAUGAGGAAUUUCGCAUUCUCUUUGCUCAGUCCCAGCCCCUUGUUGUUGACAAUUCCCUGGUGCCUAUGCCACCUGACAACACUAGCGCUUACCAGUUUGGUAACCAGUUUGGAAUAAAAAGGUCACAAUCUCUGAGGAAUCCUCGAGGAUUUCUUCGGCCCCCUGAGCUUUUAGGAUACUCAUUUGGAGGAGACCGCCUUGACACCAGUCUGCCUUUCAGAAGGGAUGACUCAUUCCGUCACUCUAUGGAGGCAGGAGCUGUUGCUUUGCAGGCUGCCAAGUACACUUCACAUCAAAUGAGAAUGCAACAGUCUUUCUUAGACCAAGGCAGGCCAGUCAUUGCUUCACGUCAACUAGAAAUGAAUGCGUAUAAAAGGCACAGCUAUGCUGAAGGCACCCGUGAAAGCUACAGCUCUUCUCGACAAUACAUGAAGCAUCGUGUCAUGAACAACUUGGAUGAGAUGGAAUCACACUUCCAGAGAGAGCAACAGUUCUAUCAAAGUGAGGUUACAGGACCAGACACCGGACGCUUUGACACUCUUCGGACAGGUGGUCUUUACCAGCUAGAUCAAUACUCUGACCCUAUGUAUCAACUUGAACUAGAGGCACCAGAAAGUCACAAUGUGUUAUCCUCUGAAGAUCUUAGCCAUGAUCCAGAGAGCAGGCUUCAUCCAGGUGCGGCUCAUUUUGGUCAGCCAAACCAAAAACGACCAACUCUCAGUCAUGCAUAUGCCUGUCAAAGCUCACCCACUCAACUUCAUCCUCCAGACCAUAUACAAGUGUUCCCCACUGAAGAGCAGGUAAGACAGCCCCAGGAUCAAAGUGUUAAGCAGGGAUUGCGGAGUUGGAGGAUCAACUCCUACCUUAAUACCUAUGAAAAUACUGGAGAAGAGGGCUUGCAACAACCUGUGGGCCCAGAUGCCUUUGAUGAGCCAGAACAACAACCAGAAAUCAGACAGUACAACCCAGAGGCUCAGGGGCUUCGCUUUAACACACAAGAACCUCCUGCUGUACCGAGUAAACCAAAACCUGAUUUACGGCCUCGCUUUGGUAAACCCAUUUUGCCUGACAGGAAGCAAUUAAAAGAUGUAAUCGCUGAUCAGGCUUCUGGAGGAACGGAUUCUCAAAAGAAAUCAGCACUUACUAUUCCACCACUCACAUCAGCAGAAACAGAUAGUGAAAAAGAAAUGGAUUUAAAGGAUUCCAAAAAAUCAAAGGAAAUUAGCAUAACCAAGCACGAAUCGUUCCGGACCCGCAUUAACCCGGUGCUGCAGAGAAGCUCGCGGUUACGAUCCUCACUCAUCUUUAGCUCCUCUAAGGUAGAGCAACACAGCUCUGCAGCUUCCGGAGAGAAUCUACAAGAGGAUGAAGAAAACACAGCAAUUAGAACCUCUUCAAUUGUAGCAGAGAUUUUAGAAAAGAGGAGGUCAUUCUCUAGGGAGCCUUUUGAUUGGACUAAGCAUAAAAAGAUCGAUGAAAAAGACAGUAAGGGUGUGUUACAAGAAGAAGCAAGUUCUAAAACGGAGGAGAACUCUACUAAGGACAAUAAAGAAAUUAAAGAGGAAUCCAAGAAUCCUGUGUUUGAAGAAAAAGGCAUUACAAAACAAACAGAGCCUUCAUUACCAAAAUUUAGAAUCCCCUCCUUGGAUAUGAAUGAUCCAGCAAGUCGUCUGCAGUACUUUAAAGAACUGUCUAUAAAGAGAAAAAACUCAAAAACGGAGGAAGCUUUAAAUAAAAAUCAAGAGCCAGUUUCAAAAAAGCCUGAUCUUUCUGAUAUUCAACCAAGCACAGAAGCAGCCCCAAUUCCAUCAGUUUCAGUUACCCCUGCAGAAUCCUUCUCAACAACAACAACAACAACAUUAUCAUCAUCAACAACAACAUCAACAACAACAGAGGCAAUGGCACCACCACCACAACCACCAACAGUUCAAAUAGAUUCUGCUGCAAAACCCCCUGUGGUAACUGCAAAGUCAGGGCUUAGUGAGGAACAAAACGUGAAUAGUUCCGUAGUUAUGGAGGAGUCCACAAAGAAAGAGACAGCCAAGGAGCCAAAGGUACCAAAACCCUUUCCUUCACCUAAGUUUUCACUGAAACCCUUCAAAAGUUCUCACACACGUCGCACCUCAUGUGGUGAAGAUAUUCUCACAGACGCAACUGAUGCUGAAAAAAGCGAACUUAAAAAAUCUCGAAGCCUCAGCUCAUCAACCGUGCCACUCACAGAGUCCAAGGAAAGUCUUGGAUUAAGUCGACAGGGAUCCAACUUGUCCCUAAAUAUUACAGGCUCGGAUAGCAAAGACACAAAAGCUAUUGAUUUUCUGAAGAAGCAGACACAGAGACUGAAGGGUUUCCUUGGGCCCAAAGCAGAAAAAAAGAAUGCAGGAGGGUCGAGUACUGCAGAUGACAAGCAAAUGAAAAGUGUCCCUGAAGUAUCAGAGGAAACGUCCUCUAAUGGGAAAGAAGCACAAUCCGAUUCAGUGUCGACAUCAACAACUGACAGUUCCAAAUUAACCAAUAAGCCCAUAAGUCCAUCUCGCUAUCAUUCCUCUACCUCUACUGCACUUUACAGCAGCAACCUCAGAGAUGACACCAAGGUAAUCCUUGAACAAAUCUCUGCAAACAGCCAAAAGAAUAGACAGGAGCUGGCCAAGCAAGCUGAUGAGCCUGGAAAUGCUGAGGGGGACAAAGGCGGUCACGUUUCAAAUCUUGAUCGUGAGCCAUUCCAACGAAACCAGAAUCGAAACCGGUUCAACCGAGCUCCAGUCAACCCUCAGGAGCGGGACAGCCUCCUGAAGAGAAUAGAGAGUAUGCGCAAAGAGAAGAAGGUCUACAGUCGCUUUGAGAUGGGGAAUAACCUUGGAUAAUACAAAACGUGGCAGAGGGGGCAUACCAUCUACGAAAAGGUCUGUGACCUCAAAAAAGUGCCAGCAACUGAUGUGAUAAACUGAAAAAGAGCAUCGAAAAAAAUAUGCAACCUCAAAGUCUGAGGUGUUUGACAAAAAUGAGAGGAAUAUUUCUCACUUUGCCAAUCUGGGGCCACAGUCAAGUCACUCUGCCCUUAAAAGGCAUCAGCGCACACUGCCUUAUACCAGAAUAUCAAACAUUAUUCCCGCUGGAUAUAAAACACUACUGGCCAAACAAGUGUUUGAAUUUUUUUAUUUUUUACAUUUUAUGAUUUGUGCAUGUAUCAGUUUGCGCGGAGAUCAGUGUUUGGACUUUUCUACAUUGCACCAUUUUCAGGUGUGUAAAGUGUGGACUGGCAUGCCUAGACAAAAAGUAAAAGUAUGGCAUUUAGAAAAAGAAAAAAAAAAACACUCUACUCCAUGAUACAUCAUGCUGCAACCACACCUGUGGUUUAGCUGUGCCAAUGGAAUACAUGUAUUAAAGAAUCCAAACAGGGUUGUUUGAGGAGGUAAAAACUCAGCUUGAGGGAAAAAAAAACAGCAUAAAAAUGUUGGAAGGGAUGGUAAGUGAGAGGUAAAAGAGAAUGUCAGUGGAAAAUCUCAACAUGAGACACUAAAAGGAGAGGAAAGAAAAUGUAAGAAAGUACGUUUUGAGGUUUGUUAUGGCAGUCAAUAUCAUGAUUAUUCUGGCAGGCAAGUUUAUAACAAAACAGCAACAAAUUGAUGAAGUCGAGUCAAAAUUGCAAGGAAAUUUGCAAAAUUCUAAAAUUUCUUAUUUAAGUAUUUCCAACGAUAUACAGUCAAAAGUUCGGACACGAAUUUGGAUUUAUUUUUCUGCAUUUAAGAACAAUAUUGGAUUGUUUUAAAACUAUGAAACACACCUUAUAACACAUAAGGCAUUAGGGAAUUAAAUAACAAACAAACAAAAAAAAUAUCAGUUGUUAUUUUAAGGCAUGAAGUCAGCUGUUCUGGAACAGUUCUUUCUUUAUUGUCAAGUGCAUUUGCAAAACACACCAAGCACCAUGAUAAAAAUGGCUCUCAUAAAGACCAUCCCAUGGAACACAAAACCAAAACUUUUAUUUAGAGUUACCAAUUACCAAACAGCACCACAGAUAAGAGCUGUUAUGAAGGCAUUAUAGAAUAUAAGUAGCAGGCACAUUUCAAUAUUAACUGUUCAAACAAGAUUAUUGCAUCAUUUUACAGUCUAGAAAUAAAUAAUCAGGAAAGACCACUGAAUUAGAAGGUGUGUCCAAACUUUUGACUGGUACCAUAUGUUUACUAUAUUAUAAUCAGCAGUAGUUUUUGACUUCACUGUCUCAUAACCUUGGGAGGUCAAUGUACUGUAUAUGAGUAUAAUAUGAGUAAACGUUGACAUUUCUAAGAUAUCCCUGAUAAUAUAAGAUGAUUUUUAAUGUUCAUGGUUAGAUUACUAUAGUCUCAGGACUGGGCCUAAGCUCUAUGUUGUUAGUGCAAAGUCUUAAUUAUAGUACCAAAAAACUUGGUACUGUUAAAGACCAAAGAAAUCCCAGUGCAUCUUACCAGGUGCAAGCUGUAAAACAUUAGGUAUUUGAUAGAGCUAUUAAAAAUUUUACUAUUGAUACUGUUGAAUUCACUUUUGUGUCUGUUAUAAAUGCUGGUGAAAAUAUUGUAAAUUUUGUAUUAUGUAAACAAAUAAAAACUAAAAU